AUGUGUGCAGCUGAACCGGCGGUGCUGUGCAUCGCGGGAGACCUGCUCUCCGACAUGGACCACUAUCCGACCGAACACUGCACGCACCUUAUCUACCGGGACAUGAUAUUCUUCUCGGAACACAAGUGGUUCAUGCCGAAGGAGGACGAGCAAAGCUUUAAGCAGUUCAAGGAGCUGCGCACCAAGACGUCACUUCCGCUUCUCGUGGGCGUGUCGGCCGAGCAUCUAUCGGACUUCUACGCGCGGCUGUGGCGAAACCCGCCCAAGAUGGGACACUUCGCGCGCAGCGCCAUCGAGUGGCUCAACCUGCAAGGAUUCGACGGCAUCGCGCUGCUCGACCAGGAGGUCAAGGCCAACGAGAUCGGCAAGCGCUACUUCCCCAUCGUCAAGAGACUGCACGACGAGUUCGCGAGGGUUAAGCGCAAGCUGCUCAUUGUGGUGGGCCUUAGCGUCACGGACCACGAAAAGACGGCGGAAGACGUGGCCGAGCACCUCGAAGAAAUCGCCAGGUACUCGGACUACUUGAUCCUCGAGACGCACCGUGUCAAGCGACAAGGGCAGUGCAGGCUCUCGCUGCCCUCGUCUUUCCUCGAGGACGGCGCACUCACGACCUCCGUUCCUAUCCGAACGGCUCUUGCGUGGAUGCGUAUCCUGCACGUCGAGAAUGAAACAGCAGCGCAACUCUGCAUUUCCUUCAACAUGGCGGCCCUCAACUACAAGAUGAGGAAAGGAGACAACACGACAUGCAAGAAUGAGCGAUGGUCCAACUUCCGUGACGUCUGCUCAAGCAAGGAGGGCUAUCAGGCCCCCGUGCAUGUGGACGGAGCCCUGAGCACGUACCGGGCCAACCAGAACGCCUGGCAGACGUACGACGAAGAGGAAACACUUCGCGAAAAGGUGGAAAGGGCUGUGACUUUGUACCCUCGUCUGUGCGUGGCUGCAUUCUACCUCGAGUACGAGGACUCCAUGGGCCUCUGCCGACCCAAGUUCGCGCGGCUAUCCGAGAUAGCCCAAACACUCAGAAGAGGCGAGCGCUCUUAA